AAUUCCUCCUCUCGCUUCCUGACCACAAAAAGUGUGUCGGGACCGCUGUGUGUAUUCCUCUGCGUGAAUGUUGGUACCAUACGGACACGUUUAGAAGUAGAAAUAACUGAAAGUCAUUAAAACAAGAUACUGCCUUUUCUAUUAAACUCUUAAGGCUAAACGAACUUUUGUGUAAGCUCUAGUAGGCUACCUGUUGAAGACGAUGGCUCAAACCAUUCUUAUAUGGACCUUCAUUCUUCUGGCAUUUUUUGCUGCGGAAUCCUCCACAGCUACGAUUAAUACCGCAAAUGGUUCUAGGAGUAUUGUCAGGACAUUCGCUGCACAUUUCUUGCCCGUUACAGACGAGCCCAUUGAGCUUGAUUCCGAAGAAGGUAGUGGCUCAGGCUUUGAUCUGGCGCCCAAAAAGACACCCAAGACGUCUGGCCACCAUCAUGAGGUGAAAAAGCAGCUCUACUUAAGUGAAGAGGCCAAGCAGUACCUCACUGGCCCUAUGGUGACCUCCUUCAUUCCCACCAUGUACCUUCUAGUCUUCCUCAUUAGUUUGCCUUUAAACCUCCUGGCAGUUGUCAUGUUCCUGCGCCGAACCACAGCCAAGAAGCCGGCGGUGAUCUACAUGCUGAACCUGGCCUUUGCCGACCUGCUGUUUGUCCUGCUCCUGCCCUUCCGCAUCUCCUACCACUACAACGGCAACAACUGGAUUUACGGCUCGGGCCUGUGCCGCGUGGUCACGGCGGCCUUCUACUGCAACAUGUACUGCUCCGUGCUGCUGAUGAUGUGCAUCAGCGUGGACCGCUUCAUGGCGGUGGUCUACCCCAUCGACUCGCUGGUGUGGCGCAACCCGCGCACGGCCAGCGCGGUGUGCGCCGCCAUGUGGGUGCUGUCGGUGGGCGGCGUGAUCCCGCUCGUCACCUCCGAGCAGACCAUGCACCUGCCGGACAUGGGCAUCACCACGUGCCACGACGUGCUGGACAUCCACAAGCUGCGCUCCUACUACCUGUACUUCUUCCCCGUCUUCUCGGCCCUCUUCUUCUUCGUGCCCUUCAUCUUCACCACCGUGUGCUACGCGCGCAUCAUCCAGGCGCUCUGCGCCGCCGCCGACGUGGCCAACGGCUUCCGGCGCACGCGCGCCAUCUUCAUGGCCGUCACCGUGCUCACGGUCUUCGUGGCGUGCUUCACGCCCACCAACGUCAUCCUGCUGGCGCACUACGUGCGCUUCACGCACCACCACACGGAGAGCUCGUACGCCGCCUACCUGCUGGCCAUGUGCCUGGGCAGCGUCAGCUGCUGCCUGGACCCGCUGGUCUACUACUUCGGCUCGUCGCAGUGCCAGAAGCAGGUGGCCGCGCUGCUCCGCUGCGGCAGCGUCUCCGGCCUGGAGAGGGGCUCGCCGACCACCAGCAGCAGCACCACCCGGAGCAGCAGGAUCGACGCCAUCAAGAGCAACAUGAGCAGCCAGUACAGGAAGCUGAUGGGCUGAGCCUUUUUGUGCCCCAGAGAGGUGACACACCGACCUGGCGGAGCACGGAUGGAGACUGACAUGGGGGGGGUCGUCUGUGUAUCGGGGACUGAGUCAAAAGGGGAUCUAGUGCCAGGGAUGAUAGUUACCCUGGUCAUAGACUAGUGUUUACCAAUUCAGCUUCAGGGCAUCCAGAGCACAGCAUGUUUUUUGGGCUCUGUCUGCUCUAAAACUCCUCAAAUCCAGAUCAGAUCAGAUCCAGAGUCUGCCAUGAUCUUUGCUACAGUAGGUAGGUUAGGAGUGAAGGGCAGUGAGAGAUCCAAAUCAUGUGGUGUUUUGGGGCCAAGGAGCAGUUGUCUAGAAAUUACGGUGUUGCUGAAGGAGGGUAGGAAUGGGGCAGGAGAUGGUAAUACUGAUUUGUGAAAUUGUGACCAAUUCUACGCCCUUUGUGUGGCUUUCAGACGGCAUUCACACUGGCUGGUACAGUGGGUUUUUGUUCAUGGCACUUUUGUGUAUUGGCUUUAAAAGCAUUAUCGAACUGCAGUUAUGCUGUAUCAAGUCCCAAAAUAAUUUGGACUCUUGUUUUGUGAGAAAUGGACAAAACAUAAACCGCCAGGUUUGCUACUUCUACAGUUUACAUUACAUUACUAGCUUAUAUUUUUCAGUUUUUAUGUAAUAUGUGCAGUGUAUAGUUGAUGUUUUAAGGCUCCCUGUAUGGGCAUGUCAUGGAGACGGUCUAUUUAGACCAUUAGUCCCUGUCUGAAGGUUACGUUCCAAUUUUGAACUGAAGAUAAUGGCCUUCAGCAUUUGUUUUCUCGGGAAAGUGGGGGUUGAAAGCUAUACUCUUUCACUUGUUAACCAUGUAUAUAUUUGAAUCUUUAAGCUACAGGGAUUUUAAACACUUUUGUUCAUGUUUGCUCGGAUGACCUGAAAUGCUAGCUAAUAUAUAUUUUAAUGAGCUAACUGGGCAGGCUGGUCUGCCCGUACUGUUCAUUAAUGUGCAAUGUGCCAAGUCUUCAGCUACACGCAUGAUGCUGAAUAUACCACAGCAUCCAUUUCAUCUUUUACCCAGCUCUUCCUGUUGGGAAGUCCUAACACAGUACAGUUCUUCCUAAAUAAAGUAUUAAAAACAAUA